AUGACAUGGACCAAUGACUGGUGCGAGAAAUCCGCCCACCUGGGUGGGCGGUCCGAUGAAGUUAUGAACGUCACCGACCAACCAUUUAACGAGCACACAUACGUUCUUCAGACCAUGGCCAUCAAGGACAUUGAAGGCUUCAAGGAAGCAUGGAAUGCCUUGAUCCAACUGGCUUUAACGGCUGGCGUUGAUGAAGCAUCGACAGACUGCAUCAGACUGACCAUUUUGAUGACUUAUCGGCCAGAUCAUACAAAUCCACGCAGGUCACGGCUAUCUUCUCGAGGGAUUCCUGUCAUCUGCCUCCAACACUCGGGGCGACGAUAUGGUGGACGACCUUUUAAGAACCGCGUCCGUCUUCUGCUCGAGGUGGUUGAUUUAACUCACAUCGUCAUUCCGGGAGGGGUGCCAUUGAUGAUCCGCAUUCCCGGCAGCGACUGGCUGGAAUACUUGGGCAGUGUUGAAGAAGUGCCACAUUGGGGUGUGACCCAGGCGGCCAACCUGAGUGUACUCCCCGCUGAAAAAGGAGUCGACUGGAUCGAUGUUGCCACUGGAGGUUUGGAUUCGUCAAAAGAUUGA